GAGAGAGAGCGAGAGAGAGAGAGAAGGGGGGAUGGAAGGAUCUGUAUGGGGCCGUGAUAUUCUCUCGUUGUGGAUGCUGCCUUUCCUCUCCAUGGCUUUGUCCCUCCUCUGUACGGUCAGCCCGUGUCCCCGGGAGCAGGCACCGGUGCACGGAGCAGCACUCGGCCACGGAAGCAGGGGAUGAAUCAGCCCCAACAAAGAGCCUUUGAGAUGGGAGUGUGCGCUUCUGCCUGGAGGGAGGAACGCAUCAGGCUUUCCCAGGCAAGCGGCAGCCUGCAGUGUGCGCUCGCUUGAGAGCCACCCCUCCUCAUCGUUGUGUGUAUGAGAGGGGGAAGCGUGUAUGUCCGCGAGGGAGUGAGUGCAUGUGCGGAUGGGAGUGAGUGUUGUGUAAUAGUGUACGCGAGUGUGUAUGUGCGCACCCUCGCCUCCAAUCCUUCCUGGAGGAGAGAGGUUCCCCUCUUCACUGGACGGCAAGGGACAUUUUGAAGUGGGCAGGCUGACGUCCUCGUGGACCUAAGGAUGUUCCGCAAGAAGAAAAAGAAGAGGCCUGAUAUAUCAGCGCCCAAGAACUUCGAGCACCGUGUCCACACCUCAUUCGACGCCAAGCACGGCUGCUUUGUGGGCUUGCCAACGCAAUGGCAAAGCUUGAUAGAGAACCUGCGCAGGCCCAGACCCAUGGUGGACCCCUCCAGGAUCACAGAGGUGGAGCUGAGGCCAAGGAAGACCAUUGUGCGUGGGAGCAUGAUUGGUCAUGGAGACUACAUCGCAGCUAUGAUCAGCGACAUGAACCGUCUGUCUGUGACCAGCUCCAACUCCCUGAGGAAGAGCAGCCCCUCGGCCCGGAAGAGGGCCCAGUCUCUGGGGAGGCUGGGGGAGGUGAACGAGGGAGAAACAUACCAGUAUGAGGGUUUGACCCAGGACAACGAAGAUGAUGAGGAUGCGGAACGGUGGAGGGAAAGGGCCAGGAACAUUCACAGUGAGACCAACACCCCUUAUCUAGGCAUGAAGAAGAGUAUCACGCUGCAACCCAAUGGGAUCUUGCCAAAGGCUAAAUCCACCUACGAAGUGAGCACCAUGGAGGGACCCCCGUAUCCGACUCAGUCCCAUAAUAUGCCGGUGCCGAGUUACGAGGCCUAUCUGAACUCCGAGAUGGGCAGUCCUCAGGAGAGAGUGAUAUGGACAAGAGAUUUCCAGCUGCCAAGGGGAAUGCAACAAAAUCAGAGACCUAUAGCUUGUUUCUACAGUCCUGGUAUGAGCGUGCAACAGCCCCACGGGGACCAAGGGACAGUCACAACGGAGCUGCGGCCCAAUUUACCGAUGUACAUGCACCCACAGAGCAGCCCCGGGAGGCCGUUCUCCUCCUACGACCUGAAGGCAGAGUCGACAGUGAGGUACCACUCCGGCUUCCUUCCCACUGGCACCAGCAGUCCUCUCGUGGGCGGCAUCCGGCCUCAGCGAACAGUGCGCUCCUCAGCUAGCUACACCCUGGGCCUUUCUCCUAACAUGGGUCUGCGACCCAGCGGGCCUGACCCCUUUCUCAGACACUCUGGAUGCCCCAUCCCUCCUUACCCCAGGCAGGACAGUCCCUCCCAGCCUCGACCCUCCCCUACAGGCUCCCUAGCUACAAGUCCCCCAGGCACCUGCUCUCCUGCCUUUAGACCCCCGCAGCACCCUUCGCCCAGGCCUCCCCCGGAUCCGCCAAAGGUGACCCACGAACAGUUCAAAGCUGCCCUGCAGAUGGUGGUCGACAAGGGCGAUCCGCGGUCUUACCUGGAGAACUUUGUAAAGAUUGGCGAGGGCUCGACGGGGGUGGUGUGCAUCGCCACAGAGAAGCACAGCGGCAGGGAGGUAGCGGUGAAGAUGAUGGACCUGCGGCGGCAGCAAAGAAGAGAACUGCUCUUUAACGAGGUGGUGAUCAUGAGGGACUAUCAGCACAGGAACGUGGUGGAGAUGUUUAAGUCGGCCCUGGUGGAGGAGGAGCUGUGGGUCAUCAUGGAGUACCUGCAGGGUGGAGCGCUGACCAACAUAGUUUCCGAAACCAGGCUGAAUGAGGAGCAGAUUGCCACUGUGUGUGAAGCUGUCCUUCAGGCCCUGGCCUACCUCCAUUCACAGGGAGUCAUCCACAGAGACAUCAAGAGUGACUCUAUACUGCUCACGUUAGACGGAAGAGUCAAGCUUUCAGACUUUGGCUUCUGUGCUCAGAUCAGUAAGGACAUCCCUAAGAGGAAGUCAUUGGUGGGGACACCGUAUUGGAUGGCUCCAGAGGUCAUCUCCAAAUCACCAUAUGGCACUGAGGUGGAUAUCUGGUCAAUGGGUAUCAUGGUGGUGGAGAUGGUGGAUGGAGAGCCGCCGUACUUCAGUGAAACCCCUGUAGCAGCUAUGAAGAGGCUGAGGGAUGAAGUUGCUCCUACUGUUCGAAAUGUCAGCCAGGUCUUCCCGGUUCUAAAAGACUUCCUGGAUCGUAUGCUGACUCGGGACCCUCUUGAGCGGGCAAGUGCCACUGACCUGCUGGAGCACCCUUUCCUGCUGCAGUGCGGCUCACCUCAGUGCCUGGUCCCACUGGUGGAGCAGUACCGCAAGCGCAUGUCCCGCUGCUGACCCCCGUGGGGCUCCCGGUACACCCCCCCGCACCCAACCUUCAGUCUGACCUGUCCAAGCCCUGCACCGAGGGCAAACUCCUCUAGCACCCUAGCCAACAGGAGAUGCAGCUGCAGAGAAGCAGAGCCAGACCGCCACGAUGCUGCCAGAGCGACGGUGGCAGGACGGCUAAAGGAAGGCUGACAGACAGAGCAUGGUCUCGGGCAUGAGAGAAGCACUUUAGGAGUCAGUUAACGGCAGCAUGCAGUUCCUCGCCUUUCAACACGAUAUUGAUCGGCUUCCUGUAACAUUCAGUGGGAUUUGACACGACACAACAUAGUGCAUAUCAACUGAUUGCAAAAAUCAAUGUUCCACGUAACUAUACAGUAUGUAAUGGACACGCACUGCUCUAAAGAUCCUUUAUAAUGUGCACAGUGGGCAUUAUUGUUAGCCAUGAGAAGCUUAUGAAGCUGAUGUUAGGCUCAUUGUGACAUUGUUAUGGAAGGAUACAGUUACCUCUGCACACUCACACACUCCGCUGUGGAAACUGGACGACGACCUGGGCAGUACACUCCCCGGACACUGACGGUAGACUCUUUGCAUGGCCAAACGGAGGCACACCUGGCCUGAUGUGAAUGCUUGAAUAUGUACCACACUGGGAUGUGAAAGACUUUUCUCCUUUAUUAGCAUAAUAAAUGGGUAGAAGAAAACCCAGCUGCUACUAUGGGUCUUUGGAAAACCACCAGUAACAUUUUCCUCUUUUUCUUAUUUAUUCUUUAUUUCCAAAAAAAGGUGUUGUGGGUUGUUUGUAUGAUGUGAACUUGCAAAUAAGGUUUCAUUAUUACGUAUGGACUUGAAACAUAAUAAUGUAGAUAUUAAAAUACUGAAUAUUAGGGUCCUUACACCUGCUGCUUCACUGAAGUAAGAUAUAUGAGAUGAAUUUUACUUUUCUUUACAGAAAUGUGUACAGUUAAAUGUGUGUGCAUGUGAGCACAUGUGUGUGUAUGUAUGUAUGUUUGUGAGUGUGUGUGUGUGUGUGUGUGUGUGUGUGUGUGUGUUUGAGGUGACAUCUCAGUGUUUGCUUCUGACACGGCCCUAUUUGUAUUAUUUUUUUAAAUUACAAGAUGUGUGUUUGUCGCUCCUCGAGAAAAUGUGUGUGAGUGUGUCUGCAUUUUGUUUGCCUAGAUAAAGCACACAGGCCUGGCAUGUGAUGCUGCAGGACGUCCACCUGCUGAGAACCACUUUGCACAUAAUAGUCUUUGUAUUCUGAACACGGAUACAUGUUGACAUGUUUCAUGUAUUUCUAUCUUCUUGUGUGGAUCAUUCAUGGGAAAAGAGAAUUACAUAUUUUAAUUUUGUACAAAUCAAUAAAUGAUGCAUAUUGAAUCUGACAAUUCA